GCCCUCCAGUGCUCCCGGCGGCAGGGCCAGAGUCAGAGCUUGCUGCUGUUUCCCCAGGACUCCGCAACACGACUGGCCUCGCUGGGGUCCUGGCUGCUCUCGGCCCCCGCCGGCCGUCAGCCUUGCGCCGAGAUUCACCUCUUAGUGUUGGAGCAAAAGGAUCGGCGCGUCGAGCAGCAGCAGUUGCCGCUGGCGCUUUCUCUGUGGGGCUCAAGACGCGUAGCGCGUUUCAUAAACACAGUGUGCUCCUUGCCUCCUGGCAGAGCAAACGCAUCCCAAACGUCUGAGCUGUGCUGGAGUCUGAGUGCCAGGUCCGUAGGCAGCGCUGCUGCGAGCUGACAGCAGGACGCGCUGCUCAGUGUCAGGCCGCAGACCUCUCGUGCUCGCCAGGGAAAGCGGCAGCGUAGCAAGCUCGGUCUGUACGUGCUCCCCUGCGCCUGGUCCGCGCGCUGCGCGGCUGGCUGGUGUUGAAGCAGUCCACAGCCAAAGCCUAUUAGCUGUCCACUGAUUUAAAAGGGAAGGGGGAGCUGUUUUUGGGGGUGCGUGUGAGCUGCUAUGCUCUGUUGCUACAGGAGCUGCAAGUGGUCAGCGUCACUAAUGUUAACUGUGAGCAAGAUGGCGUUAGAGUUACGAGGACGUGGCUGUAGGAGCAGACCCACCGAACUGCUCCACUAGGCAGCUUCCUAUAGGCAUCAACGCUGCCUCCGUUUGCACCCUUUGUUCAGCUCCAUGCUUCACGUGGUUCAGCUCACUGCUUUCAUGCUGAAGGUCUCGCUUUCAAGUCCUGCUGGUGGACCGCACUGGGGUCACUGUGCACAGGACUGAAGUCAGAGUCCUUUGGUGACAGAAUGACACUAUGGAUGUUGGGGGUAAUCCCCUUCUCCCUGACAGCAUCCUCUACGAGAUCUUCCUCUACCUGGACCACGUAGACGUGCUCUCAGCAACACUGGUGUGUCGGCAGUGGCACGCAGUGGCCCGGGAUGAGUUCUUGUGGAAGGAACUAUUUUAUCGAUAUUACCGGAUUUCUCGGGAAGUACCGCGGCACCCAGUUGCUGUUUCCUGGUACGAUGAGUUCCAGAGACUCUAUGACACCAUCCCGUGCGUUGAAGUACAGACCCUCAGGGAGCACAGUGACCAGGUCUUGCACCUCAGCUUCUCCCAUUCUGGCUACCUGUUUGCAUCCUGCUCCAAGGACUGCACUGUUAAGAUCUGGAACAAUGAGCUGGACAUCUCCUUGCUGCACAGCUCCAACAUGAGGCCAUACAAUUGGAGCUACACGCAGUUUUCCCAGUUCAAUUCAGACGACUCCCUUCUCUUGGUGUCAGGUGUCUUUGUGGGGCCUCACAAUUCCUCAUCUGGAGAGAUCGCUGUCAUCAGCAUGGAAAACUUCUUACUCCUCUCUAGGGUGAGGAACAAACCCUACGACGUGUUUGGCUGCUGGCUGAACGAAACCAACCUGAUUUCUGGCAACCUGCACCGGAUCGGGCACAUCACCUCCUGCUCUGUGCUGUGGCUGAACAACGCCUUCCAGGGCAUAGAGUCUGAGAACGUAAAUGUAGUGAAGAGACUGUUUAAAAUCCAGAACUUAAAUGCCAGCACUAUCCGGACGGUGAUGGUGGCAGACUGCAGCCGGUAUGACUCCCCUGACCUGCUUCUGGACUAUGGGGAGCAGUUAGCUGCCGCUUCCACCUCCCCUUGCCAGGUCUUUGACCUUGGCAGUGACAGUGAGGAAAAGGAGGCAAAACCCAAACAGAACUUGACGUCAGAGCUGGCAGCGCAGGAAUCCCCAGAGGAUGGGAGCGUGACAGCAGGGGGUGGGCUACAGCAGUUCCUGGACGACAUCAUGGAAGGUCGUGUGAGACCCCUCAUGACUGAAAAAGAGCUGGAGACAAAGGUGGCUGAGCUGCUUGCAAGGAACAGGACAAAGCCACCUGAACUGAACUUGGUCCCCACCGAUGGCCACAGCAAGAAGAAAUACCUGAUCUUCACCACAGGAUGCCUCACUUACUCGCCACACCAGAUUGGGAUCAAGCAGAUCUUGCCUCAUCAGAUGACAACAGCAGGGCCAGUGCUGGGGGAGGAGAGGCGUUCAGAUGAAUUCUUCGACUCGCUGGAUCAUGUCAUUGACAUCCGUGGGCACAUCAUUGGCAUGGGCCUCUCUCCUGACCACAGGUACCUGUAUGUGAACAGCCGGGCCUGGCCUCAGGACUGCGUCAUCUCGGACCCCAUGCAGCCACCCCCCAUCGCAGAGGAGAUCGACCUGCACGUGUUUGACCUGAAGACAAUGAAGGAGGUGAAGCGAGCCUUGCGGGCUCACCGGGCCUACACCCCCAAUGAUGAGUGCUUCUUCAUCUUCCUUGAUGUCAGCAGGGACUUCGUAGCCAGUGGGGCAGAGGAUCGUCAUGGCUACAUUUGGGACCGGCACUACAACAUCUGCCUGGCCAAGCUGCAACACGACGAUGUGGUCAACUCCGUGGCAUUCAGCCCCAUGGAGCAGGAGCUGCUCCUGACGGCCAGCGACGAUGCCACCAUCAAGGUGUGGCGCUCUCCCCGUUCCGUGCGCAUCCAGCAGGCCAGGAAGCCCAGGCCCAGGAAGCUGCUCUUCUCCUGGCUCCUGAACCAGAAGAGCUGAAAUGAGGCAUCCACUCCUGUGACUUUCUCACGCCAGUCACUGCCCUCGUGGGGCUCUUGGAGGGGGAGCCUCAGGCCCUGCACAAUGGAGAGGAGCUGCUUGCACAUCCAGCCUUUCAGCCAGGGCAGGGGGGAAACUGCAUUCUCUCCAUCUGCGCCUGUUAAUAAUUGAGCCCCUGCCCUGGGGGCUGUGAGCUGGGCCUGAUCAGAUGUAGCCUUUGGCUGAUCACUGCAGGGCUGUGUGUGUGGUUUUUUUUCCCCCUCAGCUUCUCACAAGUGCUGCUACUUGGCUCCAGCUACUUCCAGCCAGGCUUUGGCUACUGCAGAGCACAGGCGGAGGCUGCUGUUUCUUGGAUCUGUUCCAGGGGUUUGGGAUGGGGCUGGGCUCAUUGAGAGCAGUUGGCUGCAGACCACUUGGGCAUGGGCAGGCUGAGCUGCUUUACAGCAGGACUCUUUAAUAUAGCUGAGUUUUAUGAAUGUGUCUUUUGCCCUGACCAUCAAGAGGCAGCUCACCUCCCUGCAGGGGCAUUACUGGAUCCCUGGUACUGGUUUGGAGGGAUUGGAACACCUAAGGCUCUUGAAGUGGGGAGUGCAUGCCUGGAAGCUAGCUAAGCGAUGCAAACCUGUUUGUGGCAGCUAGUAAAUGUCUUCAUUUGGAUCUGGCUUGAAAUGCAGCCAGCUGCAGAAUGGAUCCUCUGAUUAGCAAUGGGGGGAGGGUAAGGGUAAGGUGUUUAGUUCCUACACUACAGUACAUGGGAAGUGAGUGGUGUCUCCUGUUGCUGUCUGUGCCCCAUUGUCUGA